AUGGUCAACUACGGAUUUGCAUUUCUCUGUUUGGCAAUCACCGCAAACGCAGCAGUUAGCCCCAAGUCUUUGGACUCAGAUAUUUCCAUUCUUAUUCACAAUGACCUACUAGAAACCGAAAGUCCUCGAUCAGGUUCAGGAAUUCUGGUGCUCGAUGCAAGAUCAUGGCAAGCCGCCACCGAAAGCUGUCAAAAGGUUGGGGAGACUCUCUGGGGGGCUGAUUCCAGUUACAGGAAUAUUCAAAGUGACUUGGAUUACCUUAUAUUCCAAGGCAAAUACGCUCGUAACCAACGUUUUUGGACUGUCUUGGACCACCGCAAACUGUCGACUAUCGACACAAAUGGCCGGGUCAAUCAAGCCUCUGCGAAUGAAAAACUCCCCGUUCUUUGUACACAAAGUGCUCCAUUAUCCAACAGCACAUUUCAAAAUACAAGUGCUCAGUGGCAGGUGACUGUCCACUCCAACGAUGAAUAUCUCACUGGAUUCCGGGAUCGAGUCAGUUUCCGCUUUCUGGGAAUUCGCUAUGCUAAACAGCCCCGGCGAUGGGACUAUUCCCAAGUACACAAAGGGGCUGGCAAAAAGGCUUCUGCUCUCGACUAUGGCUCUGACUGCACACAAGGCACGACUGGUUCCGAAGACUGCCUGUUCCUCAAUAUUUGGACUCCCUAUCUUCCCAAGAGCAAAAAAGUUCAAAAGAACCAUCUCAAACCUGUGAUGCUUUGGAUUCACGGCGGAGCUUUUACCGGCGGCACUGGUAGUGACCCGACGUUCGACGGCGGCAAUCUAGCCUCAAGAGGUGAUGUUGUGGUCGUCACAAUAAACUACCGUCUGGGAACAUUGGGGUUUCUUGCACUAGAUGAUGGCAAAACCAACGGGAACUACGGAUUGGCAGACCAGACUACAGCGCUGGAAUGGGUUCGUCGGAACGUUCAGGACUUCGGCGGCGAUCCGGACAAGGUAACCAUUUUCGGCCAGUCGGCCGGUGCAGCCUCAGUGCGAGCACUCCUUGCUUCUCCUGCAGCACGUGGUAAAUUUGCUGGUGCAAUUAUGCAGAGCAAUCUGGGUGGCUUGGCUUACGGCACAACCUACUCGAAGUACUAUACCAUCGCGCAGGAGAUGGACGUUGUGGGGAAUACUAUUCUCAAUGAGACAAACUGCACAGAUGUUGCUUCACCAGUCGAGUGUUUGAGACAACUCCCCGCAUCGACGAUUGCAAACCUAGCCGACUCGGCGCGGUAUCUAGUUGUCGAUGGCGUUUACCUCCGAAGCUCAGAACUGGAUUUAACAAACCCAGCAUCAACUGCCAAUGUGCCUUUGAUGAUAGGUACUAUGAGAGACGAUGGCGCUGCCAUGAUUGGUUAUCCUGAAGUGGGAGAAACUCUGAAAUCCUUCCUCAAUGAAUCCGGCCUACCUGACUCAAUUGCACCAAGCCAACUCUUCCCUGCGCCAUCAACCGCCAAUGCUACACUCGAUAUCUUCAACACUUCCUCUCGCAUAGCCACAGAUGGAAUGUUCCGCUGUAUCGACGAAGCAACUGCACAUGCAGGCUCAAGAACACAUAUAUUCCCCGAUAUCUACUAUUAUGAGUUCAACCGUUCAUACCAAAUGCCUGGCUGGUCACCCAAUGCCCCGGUGUGCAACGCUCCUAUUACAGAAGAGUUUCCGAAUGGUGAACCCAGCCAGGAAUACUUUAAAUGUCAUUCUGGCGAGCUUUUCUACGUGUUUGGAAGUUUCCGUCGUCAGGGCUUGCCUUUCCGCGAUGAGUUUGAUCUACCUUUUGGGCAGUAUGUGCUGGAUUCCUGGGCAAGUUUUGCAAGGGCGGCUAGACCUACUCCUAACUUGGGCUUUUUGAAGGCAAGAAGAUAUGAUAAUACAACUCGGGAAAUUGAGGCAGCUGGGUUGUGGGAGCCGUUUGGCAAAGAAGGUCAGAUUCGGCUGCUUCAGUGGCCAUCGAAAAUGAGCGAUUUGGAUGAAUUGGAACAAUGUCGUGCAUUGAAAUUGUCUUUGGAUUACUUCGACUCUUAG